CCGAGCAAACUGCAAAGCUGAAGGCUGGUCUGAGGGGUCAAGCUGGGAGAACUCUCUUAUGAGCUCGAAUCGAGAGUGGGCCAUUGCGAGUAGCCGCAGUCUUGACGUCGCCACUUCAGCGAGAUAACUGUACCCCUCGGUAUCCUUCACCGCUCUCGGGAGGCGUUAGAGGAUUACAAGCCGGAUCCCACACAUAAAGGUCCUUUCUGGCCCUCCCAUCAAAAAGAUGCCACUCUGGCACUGCGUUUACGGCCUCUUCGUCUCUAUGGCACUCUUUUCCUGUUUCCUAGUGUUGUAUGAUGGGAGAAAUAGUCUACUUCCGGAACCCAGGCCCGGGGAACAGCUUUAGUCGGAACUCCAUUUCCCGGCGUGCCGCGCGGCAAUCGCUUAUCCCUCUGGCGGGAGACCGGUUCCGGUUGCAUCAGCGUGGGACCCACGGCGAAAUGAGAUUGUUCGUGAGCGAGGGCGCCCCGGGGAGCCUGCCUGUGCUAGCUGCGGCCGGGAGGGCCCAGGGCAGAGUGGAGCUGCUCAUCAGCACUGUAGGCCCCGAAGAGUGUGUGGUUCCAUUCCUGACUCGGCCUAAGGUCCCUGUCUUGCAACUGGAUAGUGGCAACUACCUCUUCUCCGCCAGUGCAAUCUGUCGAUACUUCUUUCUGUUGUCUGGGUGGGAGCAAGAUGACCUCACCAACCAGUGGCUGGAAUGGGAAGCAACAGAGCUGCAGCCAGCUUUGUCCGCUGCCCUGUACUAUUUAGUGGUCCAGGGGAAGAAGGGGGAAGAUGUUCUUGGCCCAGUCCGGAGAGCCCUGACUCAUAUUGACCACAGCCUGAGUCGUCGGAGCUGUCCUUUCCUGGCUGGGGAGACAGAAUCUUUAGCUGACAUUGUUUUGUGGGGAGCGCUGUACCCGUUACUCCAAGACCCAGCCUACCUUCCUGAGGAGCUGGGUACCCUGCACAGCUGGUUCCAGACGCUGAGUUCUCAGGAGCCAUGUCAGCGAGCUGUGGAGACUGUGCUGAAGCAGCAGGGUGUGCUGGCCCUCCGGCCCUACCUCCAAAAGCAGCCCCAGCCCAGCUUCCUUGAGGGGAGAGCUGUCAGCAAUGAGCCUGAGGAGGAGGAGCUGGCUACCCUAUCUGAGGAGGAGAUUGCCAUGGCUGUAGCUGCUUGGGAGAAGGGCCUGGGAAGCUUGCCCCCACUUCGGCCGCAACAGAAUCCAGUGUUGCCUGUGGCUGGGGAGAGGAAUGUGCUCAUCACCAGCGCCCUCCCUUAUGUCAACAAUGUCCCCCACCUUGGGAACAUCAUCGGUUGCGUUCUCAGUGCUGACGUCUUUGCCAGGUACUCCCGACUCCGCCAGUGGAACACCCUCUAUCUGUGUGGGACGGAUGAGUAUGGUACAGCGACAGAGACCAAGGCUAUGGAGGAGGGUCUAACCCCUCAGGAGAUCUGUGACAAGUACCAUGCCGUCCAUGCUGACAUCUACCGCUGGUUUAAUAUCUCAUUUGAUAUUUUUGGUCGGACUACCACUCCGCAGCAGACCAAAAUUACCCAGGAUAUCUUCCAGCGGUUGUUCACUCGAGGUUUUGUGCUGCAAGAUACUGUGGAGCAACUGCGGUGUGAACACUGUGCCCGCUUCCUGGCUGACCGCUUUGUGGAGGGCGUGUGUCCCUUCUGUGGCUACGAGGAGGCCCGGGGUGACCAAUGUGACAAGUGUGGCAAGCUCAUCAAUGCCAUUGAGCUCAAGAAACCCCAGUGUAAAGUCUGUCGGUCGUGCCCUGUGGUGAAAUCCUCUCGGCACCUGUUUCUGGACUUGCCUAAGCUGGAAAAGCGGCUGGAGGAGUGGUUGGAGAAGACAUUGCCUGGCAGUGACUGGACACCCAACGCCCGGUUCAUCAUUCGUUCUUGGCUUCGGGACGGCCUCAAGCCACGUUGCAUAACUCGAGACCUCAAAUGGGGAACCCCUGUCCCCUUAGAAGGUUUUGAGGACAAGGUAUUCUAUGUCUGGUUUGAUGCCACUAUUGGCUACUUGUCCAUCACAGCCAACUACACAGACCAAUGGGAGAGAUGGUGGAAGAACCCAGAGCAAGUGAGCCUGUAUCAGUUCAUGGCCAAAGACAAUGUUCCCUUCCAUGGCUUAGUCUUUCCUUGUUCAGCCCUAGGAACUGAGGACAACUAUACUUUGGUCAGCCACCUCAUUGCUACAGAGUACCUGAAUUAUGAGGAUGGGAAGUUCUCUAAGAGCCGCGGCGUGGGAGUAUUUGGGGACAUGGCCCAGAACACAGGGAUUCCUGCUGACAUCUGGCGCUUCUAUCUGCUAUACAUUCGGCCUGAGGGCCAGGACACUGCCUUCUCCUGGACAGACAUGUUGCUCAAGAAUAAUUCUGAGCUACUUAACAACCUGGGCAACUUCAUCAACAGAGCUGGGAUGUUUGUGUCUAAGUUUUUUGGGUGUUUUGUGCCCGAGAUGGUGCUUACCUCUGAUGAUCGGCGCCUGCUGGCCCAUGUCACCCUGGAGCUCCAGCACUAUCACCAGCUGCUAGAGAAGGCUCGGAUCCGGGAUGCCUUACGCAGUAUCCUCACCAUCUCUCGCCAUGGCAACCAGUACAUCCAGGUGAACGAGCCCUGGAAGCGGAUUAAAGGCAGCGAGGCUGACAGGCAGCGGGCAGGGACAGUGACAGGCUUGGCAGUGAACAUAGCUGCCUUGCUGUCUGUCAUGCUCCAGCCUUACAUGCCCACGGUUAGCGCCACCAUCCAGGCCCAGCUGCAGUUGUCGCCUCCAGCCUGCAGCAUCUUGCCCACAAACUUCCUUUGCACCUUACCAGCAGGACACCAGAUUGGCACAGUCAGUCCUUUGUUCCAAAAAUUGGAAAAUGACCAGAUUGAAAGUCUGAGGCAGCGCUUUGGCGGGGGCCAGCUAGAAGAGUCCUUGGCAUUAAAGGCAAAAGUAUCCCCCAAGCCAGCAGUUGUAGAGACUGUGACAACAGCUGGACCACAGCAGGUACAAGUGUUGAUGGAUGAAGUGACGAAGCAGGGCAACAUUGUCCGAGAAUUGAAAGCACAAAAGGCAGACAAGAACCAGGUUGCUGCGGAGGUGGCUAAACUUUUGGAUCUGAAGAAACAGUUGGCUCUAGCUGAGGGGAAACCCUUUGAGACCCCUAAAGGCAAGAAGAAAAGGUGAAAGUGAAAACUUGGCUCAAAGAAAGUCACUUUAAUGGAUUUGGGCAGUAAUAAAUAAACAUACAAUCUCUCUAUAUACA